UUGGCCCUUCUCUCUCUCUCUCUCUCUCUGUCACUCUCUCUCUCUCUUGAUUUCUCUCUCUUGACUGCAUUCCCCUCUCCCAAGUCUUGUGCUUCAAUUCUAGUCAGCUUGUAUUGAAUUUCCCUUCAGCUGGAGUCGAACCAUCAAUCAAAAGAAUAUAAAGGGUCCCUUGUUUUUGUUUAGAUGUAUAUACAUACAUACAUAUAUAUAUAUAUAUAUAUAUAUAUAUAUAUAAAUAAAUAUAUAUAACACUACUACUAUGUGUAUAUUUAUGGUGAUGAUUUUGAAUUGGGGUGUUUGGUGGAGGUGGUAAUAAACCUGAUAGUGUGUUGUGUCUGUCGGCGCAAGGUCACUUUCUGUCGGCAUUGUCUGUAUCCACUAUCCAACGAUGAUACACUUCUGAGAGAAAGAAAGAGAGAGAAAAAAAAGAGUAUUUUUUUCUUAAUAAAAGUACAACGAAGAUAGAGAGGUUUUAGUUUUACUUCUGGGUUUUCAUUGCUUACAGAGUGGCAUUACCUUUCAGGGAGCAUAUUCAUAUCAGCCCUUGACCUUGUCUUUGGAGCCAAGCCAAACUGAGACUUCAACAAGAGUUUCUUCUGAUCUGAAGGGUCUUUUUUUAAUUUUUAUUUUUUGGUUUUUGAUUUUGAUGCUCCAAAACCCCACUUUCCAUAUUUGCAUCUUGUGUGGAAAGCCUUGGGUUUGGUUGUGAGAUUUGUGUUUGAGAGGGUGGAGAAUUGGUUCAUAUGAGGGAAGAAGGUGGAGGGGUUUUUUGGGUCAAUCUUGAUUUCCGUGAGUGGCAUUGGAAGCUCCUUCAAAGUGUCAUUGGUAAAUGAAGCUCAGGCUUUCUGAGAUCCUGCCUCAUUAUUUGUCUCGUGAUAUAGGUCUGGAGAUUUGACAAAAAAGUUUCAUGUAUAAUAAUAAUUCAUAUAAAUUUGUACAGCAUAAGUGAAGGGAUUCCCACACCAGAUGUCAAGUACUCUUGCAGCAAUAUUUGGAGGAGCUGCAGGAGCCGUGGCAUUGGUAGGGAUUGCUAUAAUACUUAUAUGGUUUUGUUUGUCUCGCCAAAGGAAUGUUUCUAGGACUUCAGAGACAGGGUCCUCUGAUCCUUCCCAAGUAGGAAGGCAUGGUGCAAUGGAGUUGCCUAUACGAGAUACUAGGCGGUUUGAGAUGGAAGAACUAUCUCUGGCCACAAAAAAUUUCAGUGACAAGAAUUUGAUUGGAGAAGGGAAAUUUGGAGAGGUAUACAAGGGUUUACUGCAAGAUGGGAUGCUUGUAGCUAUCAAAAAACGCCGUGGACUUGCUAGUCAAGAAUUUGUUGAUGAGGUACGCUAUCUCUCAUCUAUUCACCACCGAAAUCUUGUCAGUCUUUUAGGCUACUGCCAGGAGAACAAUCUGCAGUUUCUUAUAUAUGAAUAUGUGCCUAAUGGAAGCGUCUCCAGUCACUUGUAUGGCGCUGGUCAACAACCGCGAGAGAAGCUAGAAUUCAAGCAUAGACUUCCAAUAGCUCAAGGUGCAGCUAAAGGUUUGGCUCAUCUUCACUCUUUGAGUCCCCGUUUGGUGCAUAAGAAUUUCAAAACAGCUAAUGUUCUUGUGGAUGAAAACUUCAUUGCUAAGGUGGCAGAUGCUGGACUUCGCAAUUUUUUGGGGAGAGUUGACAUUGCAGGCUCCUCUUCUCAAGUGGCAACAGAUGAAAUAUUUCUUGCAUCAGAGGUGAGAGAGUUCAGACGAUUUUCUGAAAAGAGCGAUGUAUACAGCUUUGGGGUGUUUUUGCUGGAGUUGUUAAGUGGGAAACAAGCAACAGAAUCACCAUUUCCGGACUCUAAUCAAAAUCUGGUUGAAUGGGUGCUAAGUAAUCAAGACCGUGGCAUGAUGUCUUACAUCAUUGAUAGAAGAUUGGAGAGUAGUUUUACAGCUGAGGGAAUGGAAGAGUACAUCAUGCUCAUAAUUAGAUGCUUAGAUCCUUCAAGUGAGAGGCGACCUGCCAUGAGCUAUGUGGAAAUGGAACUUGUUCGGAUCCUAGACAAGGAAAUGAACUUGACAACAAUCAUGGGAGAAGGAACCCCUACUGUGACUCUUGGAAGUCAAUUAUUCAAAUCAACAAAAUAAAAAUAAAAAGAGGGUAUUGUUGUCUUAAAUUGUUACGUAUUAUAUAUUAUAUACUAUAUUUGUGCAUUAUAUCUUUGCUUUAUUAUUUUUCCCCCUCGGUGCAUACCAGAGAAUAGGGCCAGCUGCUUCCUAAGUGUAUAAAGAGCAGUUGUAUCCCCUCUAUUCAUCCUCCCCCUCUAUUUUUCUUCUCUUUUUUUAUCAAUGGGCCAGUGAAAAGCUGUAUUCUUUUCUUUCUUUUCCUUUUUUCUUCCUGAUUUUUUCCUUCAUAAAUGUAUCAGAUCUCUUGUAAACCAUUAUUUGUUGUUAAUAUGACAGUGAAGAUUGGGUUGGUGUGGUUGACUGUAUCA